ACGAGGGGAGUAAAAGCACAGCGAACGCGCGUGCUGCCCCCGACUCCCCCCCGUCUACUCCAUUGAGCUUUCUGAGGCUUCCAUGGCCUGAUUCAUCCUGCGGUCUCCAACAAGCCAAGCAAACGGACAAAAGACCCCGCCGCCCCGCGCUUUCUCCAGUUCCUUCUUUCCCCUCAAACCCCCUACGCCGGGACCGGAGAGAAGGGGGGGAGCCAGAGCCAGACCUGGCGGCGCUCGGCAUCCAAAAACGACGCCUAAAGAUCCCUCCCUCUCUUGUGGCGUCCAUCAACCUGACCGCGGCGGCGCGUGCUGCUUCUUUCCGCUCUCCACGGAUUCGCCAUCAGGGACAAGGGAUGCAUCUGUGUAGCAUUUCACCCCUUCAAGCAAUAAAGGGAGUUGCUGUUCAACUUGGCUGCUCUCAGCGUCAUGAAGAGUCAGGGAAACUUGCAUGUUUGAUGUACCCAGCUGCUUUCUGUAACAAAAACUCUUGCGAUCAAAUUUGUUGAAUUUACUCACUAUCAGGGAGGAAUCUAUUUUGUCAGUUGUCGGUAUUAAGGCUGCUGAACGAUAUCUGCAGAAUAAAUGGGAGAAGCACACUCGGAUGAAUUUUGCCACUGCCAAGGGUGUGCUGGCAAGUAUACACUGCUCAGAGAUGAAGAAAACCCACGGUUGGCAAUCUUUGAGAGGCGGCUUCCUUGCUGUGGUUGUGGGAUAGGAUGGUCUUCUUUUCUUUUAGGUUUCUUGUGUCCUUUGAUUUGGUACUUUGCAGCCACUCUUUACUGCUGCAAGUACUACAACAAGGAUCCUCGAGAGCGCCCUGGUCUAGCUGCAUCAGCUGUUGCGGCACUCAUCUUCACAGUCCUGGCAACCAUCGCUCUCUCUGUGGCACUGAUAAUCUGUGUAUACAAGUAGUACCCAAAGCGACGAGGAAAACGCGGUAGCUGGACCUGGCAUUCAGAAGGAACUUGUAAUUUCAGUGAUAGUAGCAUGUCUUUGCAGUCAUCCUUAAUGUAUCACUAUAGCAAGUUGUGGAUUUAAAUGCUGGUACCGUCCCGGUUGACCUGUCGGCUGCCGUUGUUUAUCAAUGAGGAUGUUCAUUGCUCUAUCGCAAA